AUGCUCCCUGCCCACCAAACGAAGCAUCUUUCCCUCCUAAUGAUCCCCUUCCGACACCAGACGUUCCAGCUGCAUCAGUCCGUCUCCUCGGAAUCGAACGGCACCUCCCUCUGGACAGGCGGGCAACUCCUGCCUCUCUGGAUCGCUGCUGAUUUCCCUGUACACCCCUCUUCGGACGUUCAUGCUCGCCGACCUCGGGCAUGCGAGUUAGGCUCCGGUACGGGCCUUACGGCUCUCGCUCUGGCUAGCAUGGGCUGGGACGUCGAUGCUACCGACACGAGCUUCAUCGUACAACACACCCUAGGUCCAAACCUCCAGCUCAACCCCGUGUCCGGGCGAGUCACCGUCAGGGCGGUUGACUGGCUCGAACCGCUGGACUUUGCUCAGUGGAGAACCGAGGAUGAGGAUGCGGAGGGAAAUGUGGCCGGGGGGCCGCCGUACGACCUCAUCCUCUCCGCCGACACGCUCUAUUCUCCUUCUCUUGUCACUCCCCUCCUUACCACGCUCAAGCAACUCGCUUCCGCCAGCUUCCGGGGAAAGCGUUCCUGCCCCGUGCUCCUCUGCCUCGAGCGACGUGACCCGGAGCUCAUAGAUCGCGCGUUGGGGGAAGCGAGAGACCUGGGGUUUAGACUGAAGAGGGUAGGACAGGGGAAGGUGCUGAGGGUUUGGGAAAGGGCGGGGAUGGUAAGGGAGGAUUUGGAGGGUCUGGAGAUUUGGAGAUUGCUUCUG